GACCACUCAACCGUGACCAUCCCCCGAAACAGGGAUAGUGCAUCGAUAAACGACUAUUCGCUGAUCUCGCUAAUUUUACAGAUACUGUAUGUACCGUUGGACGCAGUGACGUGUUUAUCUUGUCGUGUGCUGAUAUCAAAUUUUGAUGGUUGAUUAAAUCACGAACGAAUUUUUAAGACUUCCACGUACAAAUUUGGAAGUCUCUUCGCGGCUUCGUAAUUAAAUUGACAGUUCACAACGUGAGCGCACUAUCAAGAUUUCUGUGCGUGAAUUUGACUCUUGAUAAAUUUAUGAAUUUGCAAUCAAGUUGGACAGUUAACGAAGCUAUCAAGAUUUCCACGAAGAGAGAGAGAGAGAGAGAGAGACUAAUUUGAAAUUUAUUAAAUUAAAAUUUAAAGAAAUAAUCAUCAGAAUACGAUUAAACAAUUGAAUCGCGAUGGUGUAGCGAGUUUCCAAGCUCUGCAAAGUGAAACUUAAGUUGCUGACUUAAAAAGACGAGAUUCGUUUAAUGAGAAAUACAAUGCGUCGAGAAUUUUUUCUGACAAAGUGACAUUCGACUCAUCACGAGUGACUCGAUUAAAAAUCGAAAAAUGCUUUAGAAUGUUGUCCUCUUCGGUGUCGACUCCGUUCAGCGUUCGUGAUAUUCUCAGUGAAGAUCAGCAACUCGGCGUCAUGGAUUGUUACGCGCAUCAUCAAAAUCAAGCUCAACAACAACAUGUGCAUCAAGAGUAUUAUUCAUACAACGUUGUCCCAGAAAACAAUUGGGAAAUGGACAAAUUUAAGGAUCAACCGAUGCCUAGCUAUCAACAUUACUCGGAUCUCAACCACGUUCACCAAUUGAGUCAGGUGGUACCGCCGUAUCAAGAGACUUCUAUUACUGAAGAUGGUAAUAUUGUUACGUCCAGCAAAACAGAACUGCGCAAAAGCCAAUCUGGUAAAAGAACGAAGCGGAAGCCACGAGUGUUGUUCUCGCAAACACAAGUUUAUGAACUGGAGCAGCGAUUCAAGCAGCAGAGAUAUCUGAGCGCACCUGAGAGAGAAAUGUUGGCCCAGACCCUGAAGUUAACCAGCACUCAAGUAAAGAUUUGGUUCCAGAAUCGGCGAUAUAAGAACAAACGCGCCCGGAUCGAGGACGCCGAGAAGCUGCAGGCACAGAACAUGAAGAAUCAACCGUUGAAAAAGAUCGCCGUGCCGAUCCUCAUCAAGGAUGGCAAACCCAAUGUACAAGAGUCCUACAACGCACCUUACUGGCCGAAUAUCCGAUCGGAUCUAAGCGCUCCGAUACAAACGGACUUUAGGACAAACGAUAUUCGUCUCAGUCCGGAUUUCAGGUCCAACUCAAACGAAGUGAGGAUUGACUCCAAUAUUAGCCCGGAGUACAAAUCGGAAAUAAAUUCAGAGAUACCGGGAAGAUCAAGCCUUAACGACAUGCCGGACAGGCAGCACGUUCCAGAAUACAGGAACAAUUUCGUGACGGAAGCUUCGCCGAAUGUGCACGAUUGCAAUCGAUUAAUCAAGACGGAAUUUAAGACAUGCGCGAACGUCAACGAAACCGUGUCAUAUCCAGACCUGAAAACUGUUCAGCCCGACAACAAACAGCUUAUGACUGAUAGGCGGAUGUCUAUGGAUGUCUCUAAUGGCGAGUAUGGGUUUUCAAAUUACAUUGCUCCCACCAAUUACCAAAUGCAGUAUGUGAAUUAUAUGGAGCAGGUACCUAUGGAUCAAAAUCUGCAGCGGUUGUGGUAGGUGUACUCGAAAGAGAAUUAUCUGAUGUGAAAAUUUUAAAUAAUUAAAAUCGCAUUACAGUUUAUGUCUUCGGAUCUACAGUGAUUCUGUUGAUACAAACAAUUUAGAUUUAGCAACUAAUUAAGUCAUCACUUGAAUUCUUUCAAAUAGCCAAUUAAUUAU